AGUGACGUUACGUACAGACGCCUCACUUCUGUAUUUGUUCUGUCAGCGGAACUCUUUAUGUCCAAUUUCACUUGAACAGGAGUUAAAAGAGUACUACAAAGAUGGCCGCUCGGACUUUGAAAGCGGUUAAAUGCCCCACAGAUGAGCUGUCAUUGACCAACUGUGUCAUCAUUAAUGAUAAGGAGCCACAAUUUGAACUACACGUGAUUGUGUGCAUUGACCAACGGGAGUUUGUGUUCACGUUGAGGAAGCAUCCCGAAGUGAGCAUCGGCUCCAUUGCUUUCAGUCUGGCACAGAGAAAAUGGGCAAGUCUCAGUCUUGGAUGUGACCUCAAAGUGACAAACUACAAGUUUGACAAGUCCAGCGACUGUAUAAGCAGCAUGACGGCAGAAGUCGACUUCCUGCAGAAGAAGUUCAUCGACAGCAGCCCCGUCGACUCGGACAAGAUGGCCAGCGAGUUCCUGCAGCAGUUCAACAACCAGGCGUUCACCGUCGGCCAGCAGCUCGUGUUCAGUUUCUCUGAAAAGCUGUUACAGGUGGUGAUAAAAGAUAUCGACGCCAUGGACGCCAGCAUCCUAAAGAGAGGGCAUGUUUCUGACGCUUCUAGGAGGAAGUUAAAGGUUGGUUUGUUGUUGGCUGACAGUCAGGUCAUUUUUGAGAAGCUGGAGAACUCAGCGGUUGUUCUUAUUGGGAAAUCUAAAACACGAGAAGCUCGCCAGUCUAUCAUCAGCCCAGACUGGAACUUUGAGAAGAUGGGUAUUGGCGGUCUUGACAAGGAGUUCUCUGACAUCUUCCGCAGAGCCUUUGCCUCUCGAGUCUUCCCUCCAGACAUAGUUGAACAGAUGGGCUGUAAGCAUGUGAAGGGAAUCCUGCUGUACGGACCCCCGGGCUGCGGUAAAACCUUGAUGGCACGACAGAUUGGCAAGAUGCUGAAGGCCCGGGAGCCAAAGAUCGUCAACGGCCCCGAGAUUCUCAACAAGUACGUCGGAGAGUCUGAGGCAAACAUCAGAAAGCUGUUUGCAGAUGCAGAAGAGGAGCAGAAGAGGCUCGGUGCCAACAGCGGCCUUCAUAUCAUCAUAUUUGAUGAGAUUGAUGCAAUCUGCAAGCAGCGUGGCAGCAUGGCAGGCAGCACGGGGGUCCAUGACACGGUGGUCAACCAGCUGCUGUCCAAGAUAGACGGAGUGGAGCAGCUCAACAACAUCUUGGUCAUUGGUAUGACCAACAGGCCCGACCUGAUAGAUGAGGCCUUGUUGAGGCCAGGAAGACUGGAAGUGAAGAUGGAAAUUGGGUUACCGGAUGAAAAGGGGCGCAUUCAGAUCCUCAACAUCCACACAGCGAAGAUGCGCCAGUACAACCUGCUGGGCGGCGACGUGGACAUUAAGGAGCUGGCUGUGGAGACCAAGAACUUCAGCGGUGCUGAGCUGGAGGGUCUGGUCAGGGCAGCACAGUCCACCGCCAUGAACAGACACAUCAAGGCCAGCAACACAGUGGAGGUGGACAUUCAGACGGCAGAGACGCUGCAGGUCAACAGACUUGACUUCAUGGCAUCGCUUAACAGUGACAUCAAGCCUGCGUUUGGAACCAACCAAGAGGACUAUGCCAGCUACAUCAUGAACGGUAUAAUCCAGUGGGGCGACCCGGUGUCAGCGGUCCUGGAGGAUGGAGAGCUGCUGGUGCAGCAGACAAAGAACAGUGACCGCACACCGCUGGUUUCUGUGCUACUGGAAGGCCCACCUAACAGUGGGAAAACGGCGCUGGCAGCUAAGAUUUCAGAAGAUUCCCAGUUCCCGUUUAUCAAGAUCUGCUCCCCUGACAAGAUGAUUGGAUUCUCUGAAAUUGCCAAGUGCCAAGCCAUCAAAAAGAUUUUUGAAGAUGCUUACAAAUCCCAACUGAGCUGCGUGGUUGUGGAUGACAUCGAGCGCUUGUUGGACUAUGUUCCCAUCGGUCCUCGUUUCUCCAACCUGGUCCUACAAGCUUUGCUGGUGCUGCUGAAGAAACCGCCUCCGAAGGGACGUAAGCUGCUGAUCAUCGGCACCACCAGUCGUAAAGACGUUCUGCAAGAAAUGGAAAUGUUGGACGCUUUCAGCACCACCAUCCACAUUCCCAACAUCUCAACGGGAGAACAGCUGGUCAAAGCCCUGGAGAUGCUGGGCUCCUUCGAAAAGAAAGAACAGACCAGCAUAGCUAAAGCUGUUAAGGGCCAAAGUGUGUGGAUCGGCAUUAAAAAGCUGCUCAUGCUGAUUGAAAUGGCUGCGCAGAUGGAUCCUAACUACAGAGUUAGCAAGUUCCUGAGUCUACUAAAGGAUGAAGGAGCACUGGGUUCUAAUAAGUUUGUGGCAAUCUAGACUUAGUGGAGCCACAUAGUAAGAGAGAGGCAUCCUUCAACGUUGCUGAGGAACGGAAGCCUGAAAGAGGCUGGCAGGUGGAAGCAAACGAGAAAAACUUUCCAUCUCUGUCUGCAUCCUUCCUUCCCAUCCCUGAAGCUCUGCACGCCUCUCUACGGUGCAGCUUUGUGCAGCAACCAGGCAACCUUCUCCUCUUCAGCACUAUGUGAACAUGUAAUAUAUGAGAUGAGGCGUUUGUGUUUUUCUCUUCCUGACUGAUGCUGUAAUCUUUGAUGUUCACAGCACUCCUUUGGGAUUUUGUAUAGGUAACAGUCAGGGCAAAAGAUACACUUCCAUGGCUAGAUUUGCCUGCACAAACACUACUUCUGAUAAUUUUUGCUCAUGCAGGUUUUAUUUGUAUGCACAUAUGUGUAAACUUAUCAUUCCAUGAGAUGUGCACUUACUUUGGUCAAGCCUUUUUAUUUUAUGAAUAAAUUACUGGUAUUUCUUACAAGAAACUCUGCAGUAUCGUAAAUGAAUGAUCAGUCUUAUACCAAUCAGCGUCAACAUUAAAGUUAUCGGUCUAACUAGACAGCUGACCCACAGGAGUGUUGAACCUGUUUCAGCACACUCUGUGAUCACUCCAUCGCUCCAGGAUUCAUUUGAGGGGAAGCCUUGUGCUCUUUUUUUUUUUUUGGGGGGGCUGUUUCGAGUUUUUGCAGCAUUUUGUGGCCGCUGCUGUCAGGGCGGGCGGAGGCAGUGUUUGUACGUCGGUCUGCAACUUUGAGCUGGUUUGUAACAAAGUGGCUUUGCUGCAUGAUGAUUAAUGUCAUGUCUGCUGUCUGUGGCUUUAAUGUUAAGGCUGAUUGGUGCACAAUUAAAAGGGAAGUUGCACAGGAUCUGUGCUGUGUGCAAAGAAGACUUGGGAUUUAAAGUAGAAAUAUGUAGAUUAAAUUAUAGCUAGUUUGUGACCUCUUGAAAUUGUGAAAACAUUAGUCAUGAUUAUGACUUAUAAAUACCUUUGAAUUAAGAAUGAUAUGAUUAUUUUCAGACAUUAGUGGUUAACGUCCACAGCCAGUGUUUGGCUUUGUGCAGCUUUUCAAGUAAUAACUGAGGAGCUAGCCAGCUAAACCAUCGGUCCGACAUCAGUUGCUACCUGGUCCAUUCUUCUUCUUUUCUUUAAUAAAUGUAUUUUAAUUUAAAUAUAAAUAUGUUUAAUUUUUUUAGAGGUUAUAGCGUCAUCACAUUUAUAACAGGAACUCUGUGUUAUUCUUCAAGUUAACAAGUCUUUAUGAAAACUUUAGCACUGUGAAAGCGUUGAGCCAGUCCGCAUGUCUUUAUAUCAGUUAGAUUAUUGUAAAUAUUUAAAAUGGUCUCAAGCAAUAGUUUUCCAGACUUUCUGAAGGUCUAUCAAAGGUUUUUGUUGGAUGUUGGUGGCUUUUUUGUUUAUUUUUAGUCAACAAAUGUGUUAUUUUGUGUAAGCCACUACAAUAAAAUCAAAACAUUUUUAGACCAUUACGAGCAGCCUGUCACAAAAACACAUAAUUUCUGUAGUUGCAUCUAUGAAAAAUGCAUAAAUUCAACACAGUGUGACAAACGGAAAAUAUUUUAUUUGUAGCAACAAGAUGAUUCGUAAACAAUUAUUAGCCACAAACUUGGUUUAUCUCAGCAUCAUGUGCAGGGUCUCCUUGAUAAAGAUUGAGAAAACUGGACAAAUAGGGGGCAGAAGAAGAAGUGUCAGGCUUUAAAUUGCUAUCCACAGCAGAUGUCUGAACGAUGUCAGGAUCUGAAAGCCAUGUUUUUAGGAAAUAGAAAAAAAAACAUGCAAAGACCUGAUACAAGAGGGACCUGAGAGAUGCAUCUGGAGCUUCAGCUGAUCCAUCUACUGUUCACUGAAGC